AUAGUCAUUUGGUUCUUUUUGGGUGCAUUUUUUAAAAUUGAUUUCUAUAUAAAAGAAGUGUUUAAAAGUGUUUAACUAAAAAUACAUUAACUAAAAGAAAAACAAAAAUACUGCAAAAUGUCUAACGCCAGCAAUACCAUUACUGCGGAUCCUUUGAAAAUCGUUAAUAUUCUGUUGCCUGCUACUGAUAUUAAUGAUAAAGAAAAUGACAACUCCGAUACGAGUUCGGGUGAUAGUGAGGAUCGCAGCACGUCUGUAAAUGUUUCGAGUGGUUAUGUACCACCACGUUUGGUCCUGAAGGAAGACGACUUAUAUGCAGAACCUACAUUUUCCGAGAAAUUCUUUCGUUAUUUGGUUAUUGUUAUUUAUUUGGGUGGCUUAAGUAGUUUGGGCUUUUUCCUCUCUAUGUAUUAUAUAUUCUUUUGGGACUCACGUAUGCCACCCGUUUACAAGCCCACCAAAAAACCACCAGUUUUUAUUAAACCAUAAAUGUGGUUUGCAAAAAAAAAAAAA